AUGGCUAAAUCAAGCCAAGCAAACGGCGCCACCUCGACCUGGUGGGUGAACUCAUUCGUGACAAUCAAUGCGCAAAGCUGCAGCAUCUCGUUUUUCCAACCGGUUAACGACGCUUCACCGACGAAUUCCUCGCUUGGACCCGACCACCCGUUACCAUCGGUCGAGGGAGGAAUUAAAGAGGAGUCCCCGACCCCGGCUCUGACAGCUCCGGACAAGUCCAGCCCGUCAGUGUCACUAGAGGAUGAGCAGGUCGACUCAGGCGAAAGCGCUGUAAGCGAUCAGGAAGAUGUAUCGUCGCUAUACAAGCGAUUCGCGGUCAAACGCAGUGCUCCAAGAAGUAGUGGCUCCUCAAAGUCAACGAAGACGCCCUGCGCCAAGAAAAGGAAGACCAACCCGUUCUUAACGCCCGACCGCCCAAUUAUCUCAAACUCACUAUCGUUGACCGCCGACUUUUUUCGUGAACAGGCUGAUCAGCUACCCCAAAAGCAAAGGCCACACGAGUGGACGUUUCAGGAACGAGAAGCCCUUUGCCUCAUUCUUAUAUUCUACGAAGUCGAUACCGCAUUCAAUGGAGUUGCCAAGAUCUUAAACGAAUACUUUAAGGUCCCUCCUAACGACUCUUUUCGGCCUCGGCAAAUUAUGGCUCAAUGGCAAAGUUGGCGGUACUUAUUCCGGAAGCGACCUGUUUACGAUCCCAAGACCGAGUGGCAAGAAAAACGCAUAGUAUACGAGGCAGCCGCUUCUCGUGCUAAAGUAAAGUUAAAAACGAGAGCCGUCCAACUGGUGGAAAAGACGCUUAGCCCCAAGUUUCCGAAAAUCGCCGAAAGGGUUACUACUCAAGACGCAUGGUUUAUUACGCAUCUACUUCGUCUAAGAGAUACUCAUCAUCGACUCCCGUCUAUGGAUUCUCCUUUGGCCGCCCAGUCAUUGACUACUACGGAUAGUGAUAUUCUUCAACAGCUACUAGCCGCAGCUAAGCCCGAAGACUCGCCAACGCCAUCAUAUAGUUCGAGCGAGAUACUUCAAACUUCCUAUAUCACUCCAACGGCAAAGAACGACCAGCCCUCCCUCCUAUACCGGGUAUAUCACGCCGAAAGCAACGGCCUCAACUCCCCCACCGAAUUCCGCGCCGGCCUAUUCAACAUCCCCGGCAAAAGUCUCGUCCCCCCUCCACAAGACAACACAAUCCUCCCAGUAUUCGCCUCGUGGCACCUAUGGCACCACACCGUCUCCUCCCCCUUCAUCUCCUGCACCGACUCCCUCAUCAUGGCCGUCCACAAAGCCCGCCAAGCCGAAGCCGCCGGCCUCCACCCCGUCCACAUCUCCAUCAUCGACGCCCCCCUCGCCACCCGCGGGUCCUCCAGCCACAUCCACGGCUUCCCCGCCCGCCCCCUCGUCCUCGAAGCCCGCCGACGCGGCCUCGUCCCCGACAUGCGCUACAGCGGCACCCGCGAGAUCUUCGUCUGGGCGCGCAUCGCGCCCGCCGCCAUCAUCCACGACGUGCCCUUCGGCCGCCUGCGCUCGCUCACCGCCGACGACUUGGGCGUCGCCGACCUCCUCGCCCUCGACGACAUCGACCCCGACCGGCGGCUCGGCCGCGUGCGCAAGGCGCUGCUCGACGAGGUGGUGCUCGACGCGUCGGCUGGGUACGCCGUCGGCAGGCUUGCGGCGCUGUUCGGGCUGGCCGGCCGGUCGCACUCGCACUCGUCGUUGUCGUCGUGGCCGCCCAUGGUGGAACAGUUUGUGUACGACGUCUUUCAGGGGUGGGUGCUGGGCGUGGUGCCGGGGUGUGAGCGGGAGAUGGCGGAGGGGUUUCUUGUUGGGCUGAGGGACGCGGAGGCGGGAGCGGGGCCGGGGCCGGGGGCAGGAGGCGCACUGGUUGGGCUGCAUGGAGAGGAAGAUGGGCUGUUGCGGGAGGCGUUUGUGGGUGGCGUGGAGAGGGCGCAGAGGUGUUUGAGGAAGGAGGGAAGGUUUCGGCGGAAAGUGAAGUGA